CAAAAGAUAUUACAUCGCCACAAUUUGUUUGAGAUCUUUCUUGAGUUGUGUAGCAUUACGUUGUUUAUGGCCCUUGUGAUAAAUUAAUUUUUGAGUUUGUUAAUGCAAAUGAUCAUUUUCCUGCUCUGCUAAAAAUCUUUCCAUGCUAGCUGCAUAUUUGCUCCGUACAUAAAUACAACGUAAUUUACCAAACAGCACAUCAUCAUUUGCUAUUAUUGUAAGUUUGGAAAUAAGCGAUCUGAGAAGAAGCAGUGAAGAUUUCAACAACAAGUCACAGGCUAUGUUGGUAAUUUGACAAACUGUAUAAACUGCUUUGUGCUCUGUAACCAAAUUAUGCAAACUCCACUCCAGGUCCACUCCAGCUCCACAGUGCCUUGUGGGUAAUUGACAUGCUGCAGCAUUUUUUCAUUCCAAUAUGUCAACAUGCAUAUGUUACUUUAAUUUGGGAAAACUAUUUUCUAUUGUGAGAGGAAAGUAUGUGGACAAUAUUUUCUAUUAGCCAAAAGUAUCUGGAAACACAUUCAAAUUAGUGGAGUUGGCUAUUUCAUCCACACCCAUUGCUGUAAUGUGAAUUAAAUCACAGUCAUGCAAUCGCCAUAGACAAACAUUGGCAGUAGAAUGGCACGUACUGAAGAUCUUUCAACUUUGGACUGUCAUAGCAUGCUGCCUUUCCACAAUGUCAGGGUGUCAAAUGUAGCUGAUGCCACGAGAACAAUAACUUCCCAAAUACAUAGUGCCAACUGUUAAGUUUGGUGCAGGAGGAAUCACUUUUCUUGGGCUGUUUCUCAGGAUUCAGCCUUAGCCCUUAUGUUCAAGUGUAAGGAAAUCUUAAUGCUGAGAAAUGAUGAUUCUUCCAACUUUGUAGGAGCAGUUUAAGGAAGGCCAUUUCCUCUUUCAGUGUGACAAUGCCCCUGUACAGAAAGUAAAUUCCAUACAGGAAUAGUUUUACAACACUGGUGCAGAAGACUUGACUGGCCUGCCCAGAGUCCUGACCUCAUUAAACACCCUUGGGAUAAAUUGGAACGUGCCUAGGACAGGGAUUGACCUUGUGUGGUGUUGUGUGAUGGGAGGAUUGUAAGUAAGAACAAAGGAAAAUGAAUAUGUAUAACGUUAUUACCACACGCAUUCCAUUCAGCAAGUGUUUCGAGGAGCGAUUCCGGCUUCAGCAAAAGGUGUUUUUAACAUACUUAUUUGACAAGUAUGAUUGAAAAAAAAAAAACAUCUUAAUGAUACUUCCGGAUAAUUUUUUAUUGAACUCAAGUGACACGGCUGUGCAUACCCUGUAAAUGUUUUAGAAAUACAGUAUUAGAUUAGAAAAUUAAAUAGAAUAUAGAAGUUGUGAACGCUCCCACACAGUAGGUGGCGGUGUAGGCACCUUUAGGUUUGCUGCUAAAUCGUCACGUUUGUCCAUCUGGACGUAAAACCAUAAACAAGAGCAUGUGUUGUUAACUUCUUUUGGCUAGUUUGGGCAAGGUUAAUAAGUAAAUACUGUCAACGUACAUUUGUGAUAGUGUACUAAUAAAAAUAAAACAAUGUGCUUUUUGUGACACUGUACUAAUCACAUUUUUGAGCGAGAAGAGAUGGAAUGUAAAGGGAAAUCAGACGCAUGUAAAGUCAAAAGAAGCGAGUUUUCGGACAAGGAACUCGAUAUUGAGGGGCAACCGUACAGACUGUCGGUGCUCAAAGUAGGCUACUGUAUUCCCCAACCUGACGGGUCUUUUCGAGCCGACGGAACUAUUUCUCUUCUAACUGGACCUAAAACUAUUCUAGUAGACACCGGAGGACCGUGGGACAGGGACUUCCUGGUGAAAAGUCUCAGGGACAAAGGUUUGGAACCUGGCGAUGUCAGCGUGGUUGUGGGCACCCACGGACACUCUGAUCAUGUGGGAAAUCUAGGGCUGUUUCCAGGGGCAACUGUAGUUGUGGGAUGUGACAUCAGUGUGGGGGAUAGGUACCUUCCAAACAGGCUGGCUGAGGGGCGACCAUAUCCCAUUGAUGAACAUGUGUCAGUAGUACCCACUCCUGGCCACACAGGACGAGACGUGAGCGUUCUGGUGAAGGGAACUACAAUGGGCACGGUGCUGGUUGCCGGAGACCUAUUUGAGCGAUGCGCCGACGACGACAGCUGGAGGGAUCUAAGUGAGAACCCUGUUGUGCAGGAGGCCAGCCGGCAGCUGGCGCUACGUACCUCUGAUGUCAUCAUUCCAGGACAUGGAUUGCCAUUCCGAGUCCACCGGGAAGAGGUGCAUUGGCGUUCUGAGCCGACUGAUACCGUGGACAUCUGAUCAGCAUCUGCAUGCCUUGUGUAUUGGGACAUAUUGUCUAGCUGUGGCAACAGACCCAAAUGAAAGGGUGUGGCAGAUAGAGAAAGAACCAGUCUCUUCUGGGUUGCAGUGGACUGUCCGGGACAGAUGGAACAGUUGUUCGUUUUUUGGGGAUAAUAUUCUGUAUCACCCGUCACCUGUCUUUUUCUGGAUACAGACACGCAGCACGGACACCCACACACACACACACACACACAACCACACACACAAGAGGCAUGUCUGUGUUUCAGUGACUGACCCCUGAUCACGCUGAAUCACUUCUGACCCUCAAAAUCAUCCUGCAAGAAAAACAACUGUGUGGAUCCAUGUCUACCAUGUAAUUACAUGACAUUCAGGAUGAUGGAAAAAUAAUAUGUUGCUACAUUUUCAUGUUCAAGAGGAAAGUGUCAGAAUGCUGAUGGCUAUAUUUGCUGGUUGUAUUCAUGAAUGUUUAUCAUGAUAUACCUUUUGCUUUGUUCAAGCGUUUGUGUGUUUCGUUUCACAGAUCCAAUUAGGAUCAGAAGUUUUCACAAGUAUAGUAAAACAUGAAAAAUCUGCCAUUGUUUAGACCUUUUGCCUGUAUCAACAAGGUCAAUUUCCAUUUCAAGGCCAAAAUAAAAAUUGCAGUUAGUGUUAAAAUUGGUGUUUACGGUUAGGAUUCAAGUUAAUGUUGGGUGUAGUGUUGUGUUUCGGUUACAUUGAUUUUUGGAUUUCUAGACUCGAUAAGUAUAGAAAUACAAGGCUUUGUGUGAGAAAGCAGAAUGAUCCAGGUUGUUUUACUGUGGUGAGUGUGUGCGUGCGUGCGUGGGUGCGUGCAUGCACGGCAGGACCUGUACCAGGCACAGGCUGGUUGAUAUGGAGAAACUCAGUUUAUGCAACAGCAGCCAUAAAACCUUAUUGGCAUCCUUGUCAUACUGAAACCUGUUUUAUUGGUUCUUUUACAACACCCUGUUCCCCUUAUAGUGCACUACUUUUCACCAGGGCCGAUAGGGGAUUGGCUGUCAUUUUCAGACACAGGGUUAUGCUGUGUCUAUCUGUCCUUCAGUCAACACUCAAUAAUAAACGUAAUUUUUUUUU